GAAGUGGGCGCACGACGGCUUCGACGCGAAAAAGAUUGAAGAUAAUGUGCAGGAUAAGAGGUGGAACCCUGAUCUCGGGGAGUGGACGUACAGGCCGCAAUUGGAGGCGGCCUGGAGCGAGACAUUGGAGGCCGCAGUGCGCAACGAGCUGUGCACCGAUAAGAGGACGCAGGCGAAGCAGAGCGGCCCGCGGGCAGCGGCCUCGACGGGCGUCGCAGAGCACGGCGGCGACAAGGGCGACAGAAGCGACGAGAGCGACAUGUCCAGAUCCAGGCGGAGCCGCAGGAGCCGCUCGCGCGGCGACCGCGACAGGAGCAAGAGCCGCCGCAAGGGCAGGAGCAAGAGCCGCGGCAAGAGCAAGGACAGGGGCAAGAGCAGGGAUAAGGACGCUGAGAAGGAGCGGAGGCGACAGGAAGCGAGGGAGAAGGCCGAGCAGGCCAAGAAGGAGACGCAGGAGAAAAACCUGGCGCUGAAGUGGAUCGGCACCGCAACGGGGCUCGAGACAGAGCUGGACGGGUACCUCGAGCAUGAGAAGGCGGACAAGGUGCCGUCAUGGGCUGUGAAGAACGCGAAGGCGGCGAGGAAGUCUGUGGCAGUCAUGAAGGCGGUGGCGCAGAAGCGCGAGCACAGCGGCGUGGCGUUGACGAUCACGCAGGACGAGGCCAUCAGCAUCCAGAAGGAUGCGAGCUCGGCGGCGAGGGCCAUCGCGGGGAUGCUCAAGGAGGCGCAGAAGCACAGCACCUGA